CUACUAGGGUUUUAGCAUACGCUCAUAUAAUAAAAAGGUUAGAUUCAUAGCCGCUUAUAUCGCUUGAGGUUUCUUCCGCAUUGCCCCCCCUCGAGACGAAAAUGGUUGCUUUCAGGUUUCACCAGUACCAGGUUGUCGGAAGAGCUCUCCCGACAGAGAAGGAUGUUCAACCCAAGAUUUACAGGAUGAAGCUCUGGGCCACCAACGAGGUUCGUGCCAAGUCCAAGUUCUGGUACUUCUUGAGGAAGCUGAAGAAGGUCAAGAAGAGUAAUGGUCAGAUGCUCGCCAUUAACGAGAUCUUUGAGAAGAACCCGACAACCAUCAAGAACUUCGGAAUCUGGUUGAGGUACCAGAGCAGAACUGGAUACCACAACAUGUACAAGGAGUACCGUGACACUACCUUGAACGGAGCUGUUGAGCAGAUGUACACUGAGAUGGCGUCCCGACACCGUGUGAGGUUCCCUUGCAUCCAGAUCAUCAAGACAGCAACUGUCCCGGCUAAACUUUGCAAGAGGGAGAGCACCAAACAGUUUCACAACAGUAAGAUCAAGUUCCCCUUGGUGUUCCGUAAGGUGAGACCACCAAGCAGGAAGCUCAAGACCACUUACAAGGCAUCCAAACCCAACCUUUUCAUGUAAAAGGCUCACAUGUUUUUGUUUGGGGCUCAUAUCUUCAUGAAGUUAUGCAACCUGCUGUUUUGGAUUUUAUUUUUCUACUAUAACAAUUUUUUAGGUUUUGUAUUCAUCAAACUUGAGUAUUUGUUUCUUGCUAUGAAAAAAACUCUUUACCUUGUUUC